AUGGAGGAGACGGCGGCAGCGGCGGCCCCGACGGCGACGGCUGAGAAGGCGUCGUCGUACAGGUACUGGGUGCGGGAGGCCACCGGCGACGCCGCGCCGCUCCCCGUCCCGCGCAAGCUCGACCCCGUCGCCAACGGGAACGGGAACGGUAACCCGCCGCCCCUCGGCUCCGUCUGGAAUCAGGCUGGAACCUGGGAGGAAAAGAACCUCAACUCAUGGGCCAAUACUAGGAUAAAGGAUUUGCUGGGCUCUUUAGGUUCAUUGGAGUUCCCUACAGGGAAGGCAUCCGUUGAUGAAGUGUCCAAGUGCUCAGGCGAUGCAUUUCAGGUCACUGUCCGCAACAAGAAGGGAGUAGGAUAUAAUUAUGAACUAAGCUUGAGAUUUAAAGGUGAAUGGUUAAUUAAAGAAGAAAACAAGAAGAUCAAAGGACAUUUAGACAUUCCUGAGUUUUCGUUUGGUGAGAUUGAUGACUUGGAGGUACAAGUAAGGUUCAGUGAUGACAAGGGCCUCGCAUCCGAUGACAAAACACGGAUUUGCAAGGAUCUCAAGUCCUUCCUGGCGCCGAUUCAGGAGAAAAUGCGCAUGUUUGAAGAAGAGCUCAAAGGUAGAUAG